AUGGUUCUCUUCGUCAUCGGCCUCGGCCUUGCCGAUGAGCACGAUAUCACGCUCAAGGGCUUCGAGGCCGUCAAGUCGUCCGAGCGGGUCUAUCUGGAAAGCUACACCAGCAUCCUCAUGGUACCAGGCUUCAAAGAGCGACUCGAGAAGCUCUACCAGAAACCUGUCAUUCUGGCACACCGCGAGACCGUCGAAUUGGAAGCCGAAUCCAUCCUCGAGAAUGCUGCCACCGCCAACGUAGCCUUCCUCGUCGUCGGCGAUCCCCUAUCAGCAACAACACACACCGACCUCAUCUUGCGAGCGAAGCAAAGCUCACCUCCCAUCCCGGUCAAGAUCAUUCACAAUGCCAGCAUCAUGACCGCCAUUGGCUCGAGCGGCUUGGCAGGCUACAAUUUUGGCCAGACUGUGAGCGUACCCUUCUGGACCGAGGAUUGGAAGCCAGAUAGCUGGCUUGAGCGCAUCGGCGAGAAUCUCAACAUUGGCCUCCACACCCUCGCACUCUCCGACAUCAAGGUACGCGAACAGAGCGCAGAAGACAUGAGCAGAGGUAUCCUCCGCUAUCAGGACCCUCGCUACAUGCUCAUCCCUCAGCUCAUUUCCCAAGUCAUCUCGGCAGCACAAUCUCACAAGGUCAACUACCUCCACCCAGAUCGUACACUCGCCAUCGCCCUCUGCAGAAUGGGGUCAGACGAAGAGCGGAUCGUUUCCGGUACGUUGCAGGAGCUCUUGGACAUGGCGAAUCCAUCUCCAGAGCAAGCUCAGGCCGCAGAAGCAGAAGACGAUGCAGACGAGCUUGCUAGCGAAGCUGAGCUUGACAAGCGACGCGCCGCAAGGGCAGAAGCUCGCGCCAAAGAGGCUUUUGGCGAGCCGCUACACAGUCUCGUCAUUAUCGGCAAGCGUUUGCAUCCUUUGGAGCGCGAUUAUGCUGCUAGCUAUGCUACCCCCGCGAGCAAGUUUCUCCAAGUCGCGCGAGACGUCUAUGGUUGCAAGGAGUGA